GGUGCGAAAGUGAAAGUGAAAGUGAAGUUUUCAGUUCAGAAUGGGAACUCCGAGCGGUGAAGUACGAACCCUUUGGGUCGGAGAUUUACAGUACUGGGUCGACGAAAACUACCUCUCUCAGUGCUUCGCACACACCGGCGAUGUUCUCUCCGUCAAGAUCAUCCGCAACAAGAUCACCGGCCAACCGGAGGGCUACGGCUUCGUCGAGUUCGUCUCCCACGCCGCCGCCGAACGCGUUCUCCACACCUACAACGGAACCCUCAUGCCCGGAACCGAACAACCCUUCAGACUCAACUGGGCUUCUUCCGGCGGCGGCGGCGACGCCGGCCCUGACCACUCCAUCUUCGUCGGCGAUCUUGCCCCUGACGUCACUGAUUUCCUCCUCCAGGAAACUUUUCGGACUCAUUACCCUUCUGUUAGAGGCGCCAAGGUCGUCACCGACCCCGUCACCGGAAGGUCCAAGGGUUACGGGUUUGUCAAAUUCUCCGACGAGGCGCAGAGGAACCGCGCCAUGACUGAAAUGAACGGCGUUUAUUGCUCCUCUCGUCCAAUGCGUAUCAGCGCUGCAACGCCGAAGAAAACCCCUUCUUUUCAACAGCAAUAUGCUCCAACCAAAGCAAUGUAUCAAUAUCCGGCAUACACUGCCCCAGUUGCCCCAGUGAGUGUAGUUGCACCAGAGAAUGAUGUGAAUAAUACUACUGUUUGUGUUGGUAAUUUGGAUCUUAAUGUAACGGAGGAGGAGCUUAAGCAAACGUUUGUGCAGUGUGGGGAUGUUGCGUCUGUCAAAGUUCAUGCUGGCAAAGGAUAUGGUUUUGUUCAAUUUGGGACUAGAGCAUCUGCUGAGGAUGCUAUUCAGAGGAUGCAGGGGAAGAUGAUAGGUCAGCAAGUGGUCCAGAUCUCUUGGGGUAGUAGCUUAACUGCUAGACAGGAUGUACCUGGUGGCUGGGGGCAGCCUGUGGAUCCAAAUCAAUGGAAUGCCUACUAUGCAUAUGGACAAGGUUAUGAAGCAUAUGCUUAUGGAGCUACUCAAGAUCCUUCCUCAUAUGCAUAUGGUGCAUAUGCUGGUUUUGCACAAUAUCCUCAACAGGUUGAAGGUGCUCAAGACAUGUCAGCUGUGUCUAUGCCUACAGAGGAGCUGUAUGAUCCCAUGGCAAUGCCUGAUGUCGAUAAGUUAAAUACUGCAUAUGUUUCAAUACAUGGAAGCGCCAUUUUAGGACGGUCCCUCUGGCAGAAAACCUCGCCGUUUUUGCAGCAAGCUUAGGAUCUAUUUGUACUACAUGAUCAAUCUUAGGCAUCAACUCUUCAAAAUAUAGCCUCCAGUAGACAUAGCUUAAUUGGAUGGACUUCAACCUAUGUUAGAAACUGCGAGUGAAGAUCUGGCAAAGGUGAGGCAAGGCCUCCUACUCAUGGAACUUGUUGGCUUCUAAGUUGCCUUAGGUGGAGUUUGUUGUACUUUAUUUCAGGCAGUUUCAAAACUGCUGUAGAAUAUGACUGUGUCUUUGUUAUAUCAUUUAUUUAUAUUUGUCUGCUUUGCAAUGAAUACUAAACGGAAACUCAUUUUCAUAUGGAAAAAGAACAUCAAAGGAGCUUUCUACA